AUGAAGAUAUCGGUUUUCUGUGCAUUCGUUUCGACGUUGCUAUUGUUUGUUACAUGUGCUCCUACUAGUGAUGGAACACCUUUACGACCCGACGAAGAUCCCUUUUAUGAUGACCCUGAUGACCUCCAGAGCUACGCUUUGGGCGAAUUGAUUAAAAUAAGAAAGACACCACAUCAACUCAGAGGUAUUUACUUGCCUAUCAGUGUCAAGGACUCAUGGCAAAUAAUGGUGAGAUCUUCUGACGUAUUUGGUAAUGCUACUGCAAUUGUGUCGACUAUUAUUGAACCAUUUAAUGCUGACCCUAAUAAAUUAGUUGCCUAUAAUAUUGCUGAAGAUGCUUCUGCUCUAAAGUGUGCCCCUUCGUAUUCUAUACAAUACGGGGCAGACAUGGGCACAAUAUUUGCACAGCUCGAGAUGUAUUUCAUUCAAAUGGCUCUAAAUGAAGGCUGGUGGAUUGUGGUUCCUGACUACGAAGGAAAAAAUCUGGCUUUUACAGCUGGCAGAAAAGCUGGUAAAAGUGUUUUGGAUUCAAUCAGAGGAACACUUAACUCAGUCGAGCUCACAGGAUUAAACGCAGACCCUGAUAUUGUUAUAUGGGGUUAUAGUGGUGGCUCAAUAGCAUCAGCUUGGGCUGCAGCGUUGCAACCAACGUAUGCUCCUGAAUUAUCAAGUAAACUUCGUGGAGCUGCUAUUGGAGGAUUUGUAGCCAAUAUCACUGAGACGAUUUUAGUUUGCGAUGGCACGUUAUACGCUGGCUUGAUUCCAAAUGGGAUUUGGGGUUUAUCAAGAGAAUAUCCAGAAUUAGAAGAUGUAAUUAACUCCUACUUAAGACCGGAUCUUGCACAACGCUUUCACUAUGUUAGUACCCAGUGCUUAGUUCCAGCAAUUUUAUACACUAUGUAUUCUUCUAUAUUCACAGGAAAUCUGGAUGCUGAUCUUUGGGUACCAGCAGGAUUGGAUGCCCUCUCUGAUGACAGGGCGGUAGAGGUUCUCUUGAAUACAACUUUAGGAAUCGAAGAAACAGAAAUGCCUCAAAUUCCGAUCUUUAUUUACCAAGGACUCGAUGAUCAUAUCGUUCCACUGAGUAACACUUUCAGGAUGUACGAUAUCUGGGGAAAAGCUGGUAUUAAAUCCAUGGAAGUCAGCAUCAGUAACGGAACUCGUCACAUUGGAGAAAUGAAUUUAGGAGUUCCUGCAGCAGUGACUUGGAUAAAGAAAGCAUUUCAAAAUGAUACCAUAGAAGGAACUCUGCUUACUUAUAGGUCAAGCAACUUGGAUUAUCCAGACGUUGCCCCAGAGAUUGUUGCUUAUAUAAUUGGUGCAGGAAGGACUAUCCUUGAUACCAACCUUGGGCCGAUAGUUUCUCCAGAUGGAACGUACAUAUCUACGUUGUCCAGUACACAGGGUAGAGGAAACGAUACUAUAACUCAUAAUGCUAUAUUGAAUGAAAGAGGAUUGGAAGAUUUCGAUGAGAUACUCGAAAUGCAUCUUCACGAUAUGUCUAUGAACAAGAAGAAGAGAGAUGAAAUGAGGUAG